GCAUUUUCACUCAUCGCUCACUGAUCCAGAAUUUCGAUAGGCGUUGAAAGUAGGCGUGUCCGAUGAUGAGCGUAUAAAAGAGUCCUCAUAACAAGUUGUAAAACAUCGCAGUCAUGAAAGAUCAGCUCGUCGACGAUGCCGAAGCGGAGAUGCAUCGUUUUCGCAGAUCCGCUUUUGCUGCGGUCACUAUUUCUACAGUUACUAUUCUUGGAUGUAUUAUUUUAAUUCCUCUGGCUUACCAGAAUGUUCAAAAACUACACAGUAACCUGCUCAAUGAUGCACAUUUCUGCAAGAGUCGAAAUCGUGACCUUUGGGGAGAAGUUGUUACCGUAUCACUUGGCAAAGGUCAGGUUGACAAUGCUGAACGAAUAAAACGACAAACUGGGGAACCACCAGCUGGAAGAUGGCACUUCGGUCAAUUCAUACCUGCUAAUCCUAAUCGUCAACGGCGACAAGGAAAAUAUCAAGAAGGCCUUGAAGGUGGAGCUGGAUCUGCUGGAGGAGGCGGUAACGGUGUCUCGGGAGGCUUUGGUGCAGGAUCAGAGAAUGGUGGCCAUGGAGGCUCAAGUGGAGGAGGUGGCAGUGGAGGAGCGGGAAGUGGAGCUGGAGGUCACGAAAGUGGAGGAGGAAGUGGUGGAAGUGCUGGCUCAUCCUUCGGUGGAAGUGGAGGUGGCGGAGGAGGAACUGGUGGAGCAGGAUAUGGCGGAGGAGGUCAUGCAGGAGGAGCGAGUAGUGGAGGAGGAAGUGGCGGAGGAGGCCACGGUGGAGUUUCCGGCUUUGGUGGCUCUGGAGGAGGAGGUGGAGGAUCACUUGAAGAGUGCUGCGGAUGUCAAACCGGUCCACCAGGACCACCAGGUGAUCCUGGACCGGACGGAGAUGACGGCAAGGACGGACAACCAGGAACUGAUGGCGCACCUGGGCAAGAUGCAUCCGACAAUUACCAAGCCCCAACCGCUCCUUGCAUUCGCGAAUGCCCACCCGGACCACCAGGGUCACCCGGUGCUCCUGGAGAGAAGGGACCCCGUGGUUAUCCAGGAGAAAUCGGAGAGCCCGGCACACCCGGCAGACCAGGAGAGAAGGGACCUGCUGGAAAGGCAGGACCGCCCGGACCUCCCGGUUAUCCAGGACGACCAGGAGAGAAGGGAGAAAACGGAAAAAGCUUGUUGGGAGAGGCGCCAGCAGGAGCUCCCGGACGACCUGGAGAGAUGGGACCAGCUGGACCACCCGGACCUCCGGGAGCCAAAGGAAAGCCUGGUGAGCCUGGACCACAAGGACCUCCAGGAGAUCAAGGAAAUCCAGGACCAUACGGUAAACCAGGAGCACCCGGACCACCUGGACCCGAUGGACACUCAGGAGAACGCGGAAGCUGCGAACAUUGCCCUCCACCCAGGACACCACCUGGCUAUUAAUUUCCCGCAUUUCUUAUCUGCCAUAUUUUCUUUGUUAUGUCCCCUCUGGUCUCGCAGGUUCGCGAACCGUUUUACUAUGUCUUUCUAGGCUCAUUUCACAAAGACUGG